AUGACCAAACACUUAUGGGCUCUCUGUAAUGAUGACGGUAACUCUCUUUGGUCUUCUUGGGUUCGCUCUUAUCUUUUGCGAGGCAGAAGUAUUUGGGAGAUCAAAUGCCCCAGGGAUUGCUCUUGGAGUUGGCGGAAGAUUCUUAGUCUUCGCAGCCUUGUCCGAUGGAAGAUGAGAUAUCGAGUGGGUUAUGGGAGUAGUAUUUUACUUUGGUUUGACCAUUGGCAUCCCCUUGGUCUUCUUAUUGAGGUGUUUGGGGAAAGGUUUAUCUAUGAUUCUAGCCUUAGGCAGAAUGCCAAGGUGGAGGCUAUUAUUGACGACCAGGAGUGGCACUGGCUUAUCUCUCGCUCCCCUGCAUGGCUUGAGCUCAUUAGUAGUACUCCUACUUCAUUCUGGCCAGAUGGCAGAAGGCCGAAUGUCUUGCAGUGGAUUGAUGCUCCGAAGGGUUCCUUCUCUGUUCGUGGUGUUUGGGAGUCGUUGCGCCCGCGUCAUAGAAGAGUAGACUGGUGGAAGCUUGUUUGGCAUAGCCAAGCUAUUCCAAGGAUGUCCUUUAUUCUUUGGUUAGCCAUCCUGGAUGCCUUGUAUACUCAAGCUAAGCUUAUACGCUUUGGCAUUAUUCAGGUCGCUCAAUGUGUUUUGUGUGGGGGUGGGCAUAAGGAUGUGGAUCAUAUAUUUUUUGAGUGCCCAUUCUCUCAGCGCAUCUGGUCCAUUCUUUGUGCCAAGUGUAGUAUUCCGUGGGCCUCGCAUAGAUGGAUGGAUACGAUCUCUUGGUUUUCUCACAUGGAUGAUCGUUCACUCUUGGGUCGAACUACAAAGGUUAUGGUGGCAGCUGCGGACUACUACAUUUGGAGGGAACGUAAUACUCGUUUGCAUGGUGAUGGCCCUACAAAGCUUGUAAGAACAAAAUGA